CCAGACUAGUAUUAUGAAAGUUUCGCUUUUGGCUUGAUUACGUAUGUGAAGGAAGGCAUUAUUCGAUUUUCAUCGUGUUUUUCAUCAGUUCAUUUUAAUUAGCCGAUACAUUGUUUUUGGUUACUAUAUAAAUAACAUUUAAAAAUGGCUUUGAAUAAAAUCGCGUCAAGAAGACUUUGGCAGCCACUUGCAGCACUUUCGUCGUCAUUACGAUUUCAAGGAACGGCAGCGGCGGCGGUAUCAUUUUCAGCAGAAGGGAAUGCUAAAGUCGGUGAUUCCACAACAGGGAGUAGUUCAAGUUCUGUUCGCUCAGCAUCGUCACAAGCUGUGGUGUUUGAUUGGAAGGAUGCCUUGAAUCUUGAGAGACUUCUAACGGAGGAGGAAGUGAUGGUUAGAGAUCAGAUGCAUGCUUACUGCCAGGAGAAACUCAUGCCAAGGAUCCUUAUGGGCAACAGAAAUGAAGUGUUCCACAGAGAGAUCCUAAAUGAAAUGGGUGAGCUUGGUGUAUUGGGUCCUACCAUUAAGGGCUACGGGUGUGCCGGUGUGUCAUCAGUUGCCUAUGGCUUGAUUGCGAGGGAGGUAGAGAGAGUUGACUCCGCCUACCGAUCGGCAAUGAGCGUGCAGUCGUCACUGGUUAUGCAUCCCAUCCAUGCAUAUGGAACUGAGGAACAGCGACUGAAGUAUCUUCCAAAAUUAGCCUUGGGUGAACUCGUAGGUGCUUUUGGCCUGACGGAACCAAACCAUGGGAGUGAUCCAGCAGGAAUGGAGACAAAAGCUCGUUAUAACCCUUCAGGAAAGACAUACACUCUCAAUGGAACUAAAUCAUGGAUCACAAACUCCCCCAUUGCAGACGUCUUUGUAGUUUGGGGAAAGAACGAGGCAGAGGGCGGUAAGAUCAGAGGUUUCAUCCUAGAGAAGGGCAUGAAAGGGCUCUCUGCACCAACCAUCGAGGGGAAGUUCUCUCUGAGGGCAUCGACGACAGGUCAAAUUGUAAUGGAGGACGUUGAAGUUCCUGAAGAGAACAUGCUGCCAAAUGCUAAAGGACUUGGGGGUCCAUUUGGAUGUCUGAACAAUGCCAGAUAUGGCAUUGCAUGGGGCACACUAGGUGCAGCUGAGUUCUGCUUAGAUGCAGCCAGGCAGUACACAUUAGACAGGGUUCAGUUUGGGUCACCACUUGCCAAGAACCAGCUGAUGCAGAAGAAGAUGGCGGACAUGUUGACUGAGAUUUCACUGGGACUUCAAUCCUGCAUCCAAGUCGGUCGAAUGAAGGACGAGAACAAGGUUGCUCCAGAGAUGAUUUCAUUGAUCAAGAGGAAUUCUUGUGGGAAGGCGUUGGACAUUGCCAGGUUGGCCCGAGACAUGCUCGGCGGUAACGGCAUCUGUGAUGAGUAUCAUGUGAUCAGACAUGUCAUGAACCUGGAAGCUGUCAAUACAUACGAAGGCACACAUGACAUCCAUGCCCUUAUCAUCGGCCGUGGCAUCACUGGUCUUCAAGCCUUCGUUCCAGCUAAGUAAACCAAACUUCAUUACAAUGUGGCGACAGUCUGUCGAGAGUAUAGGCUAGUGUUCAUCACAGAAGUACAGCGAAGAAAACCUCUCCUCAUCAUGGAAAUAAAGAACAAAAUGCGUAUAACCCUUUCUCUUUAUGGAAAUAAAAAGUUGGUGUAUGAGUCUUCAACAUAGAAUAACCCUAUACCACACUCCUUACAAUAGGAAUACAAAAAAAAUCCCUGUGUACUGUCCACUGUGGUGUUCAUUUAAAUUAAGUCACUGCAGUCCCUCAUCAUGUAUUAGAGUAUUCGGAGACAAGGAAUCUGACAAAGAUGGCUGCUGCUAAAUAAUGCUUAAUUUAUAAGGUUUUCCUGAAAUAUGUUUGUUUGUGAAAUAGAAGAGGUUUUAUUCAUUUAUUGUUAUUUUUUCAUGCAGUUUAUUGAACUACAGUUUGUCACAUUUGCUUUUUUUUCACCCACAAAAACUGUCCAACCCUUGAUAUAUUAUUUAUGUUUUUUAGCUAAAUUUUAAAACAAAUUUAACUAUAAUGUUUCACUUUAUAUAGGAAAUUGGAAGGUUCGCCACUCCCAGCUGUUAAUUUUAUUUUUCAUGGCUUUUCUUGAUAAUGUUGAUCCAUGGAGGUCCCAUGCUUUAACUAAAAAAGUUUAUUUUGUUUAAAACAAUUUUGUUUGGUAAUUGAAAAAUUGAAAUGCUUUUAAUGGUCGCGACCUCUGUGUAGUUCUAGGACUGAUAGAGACUGGUUUUUAAUUGACCUGACCAAUUGAAUAACAACGCCCGAUACUGGUUUGUGGAAAUUUCAUCAAACUCGAUGGUUAGUUUUAUUGAAAAUUGUUUUUGAUUAUGGGCACACUUGAAGUAAACAGUGAUUUGGAGGAAAUUCAAAAGCAUUCUGCCUUAGUGUUGAGAUGCAAGUAUAGUUUAUAUAAAAUCAGUGAACUUUCAGAUUGAAACUUUUAGGCAAUAAAGUUUUCCUAAGUUUUUUUAAAUAAUGAAUCCUGUAGUGGUUUGAACAGUUUUGGAAUCGUUGAAGGCAGUGGACACUAUUGGUAAUUACUCAAAAUAAUUAUUAGCAUAAAACCUUUCUUGGUGACGAGUAAUGG